AUGGCGGAGUCGGGAGGGGAGCCACGGAAGCCGGAAGCACCGCCCCUUGGAUUCCCUCCGCCGGUCAUUGACUCCAAGCCGUUGUGGUUCACGCCGAAGAGGUACGCUGCCAUUUCCUUCUCACUCAAAGUUUCUAUUUGCGCGUUUUUUGAUCCCCAAAGGUUGCUUCGAGCUAGGAUUUUCUAGCUGAAGCAGAGGGUUUCCUGCGUGUCUUCUGUCUUUGUCUUCUCUCUGUUUUUCUUGUCAUAUUCUUGGUGCUGCAUUGCGCAGCCAAUUUUCUGUGGAAGGAGUCUGCUAGACGGCCACCCCUCUCCUCUGCUGUAGUUUUCCUAUGGUAGAUCUCUUUCCUCGUCUCAUAAGGUGAGUAUCACGCCAAUGGUGGUUCUUCAUCGGGGAUUUUCUCAAUUAUUGGAACAGAUGUCUAUAGUCAACUGUCGAGCUGAUAGUAAACUGCAAGAACAGCAGAGGAAAUGCGUCAGGGCUGUAAAGGUUUGGACCACAGAAAUGGUGUGCUUAUUCUAUUCGAUGCUGAUUGAGACAAAUGGUUGACCUGAAAUCAAGGUCGGGAGACUCAGACUUGGUCACUGACUCUUAACUCAGGAAGUCAGAUUGGAGGGCAUCACUCUAACUGACUUGUGCAAGUUGCAUGACGUGAACGAAUUGAAUCUGAUUCUCUCAGAGUUUAAGGCCAUUUUCUCUUGAUUCGGUCGGUAUUUUUCAAAAGUUGAGACAAACUUUGCCUAAAUUCGCUCAGUCCUGCUGAUCUUACGAGGAUUGACUUGUACUUGAUCACUCUGACCACCGUCAAGUUAUUGCGUGAAAAAUGUGUAGUUUUUCUUUAUGGCAAAUCGAUAGUGAGGACUACCACAAGGUACCCCUUCUGGAAUUCCAGAGCCCGAACGCGACUAGUCAAAGUCUUCUCUGUUUAUUGCAUUUCUAAAAUAUAUAUGGGAUAUUAUCAAUUUUGUGCAGUUUAUGGUUCCUGGGUUCAUUACCAAUCUUCAAGCGGUUAUGGAAAAAGAUCACUUCAUCUAUAUUAAGUUAUUUUUUAUUUUCUGCAGGUUACUUGUGAUCUUCUGUAUGAUAAAUCUGUUGAACUACGUUGACCGAGGUACAAUAGCAAGUAAUGGAGUGAAUGGGAGUUCUAGAACAUGUGCUAAGAAUGGCAUAUGCGAUUCGGGUAGUGGAAUACAGUAAGAUCCGAUCUUGUUAUUUCCUUUUAUGUUUAACUACUUUGUAAAUUUUCUUGUCUUUGAAGAUGCUAUUUCAAAGCAUUCUAAUUUCUUUAAAAAGUUUUCUACCAUGUGAUGUGAUGCUCUAUGGAUUAUUGCACCCAAAGGUUAUUCAAUAAAGACAAACCAUUUAACGAUACGAAUGGCAUGUAUUUAACUGAUAAGUAUCAUCUUCCGGGGACUGAAAUUUCAUUAGCUUUUAGGCACAUGGCCACUUUGUUUGUCAGACAUUCAUACAUUAUGCCAGGUUUUUAACUGAGUGCUAUGCAUUGGACUUUGUUAUUCUAGAAUGCAUGAAUUUGGCUAAAGAUAGUAGAGAGUUAUGUUGGUAUCAACAUUACUCAAGCAAUUAUUUUCUCUUUCUAGGAUUCCAGGCAGGUCCCCAAUCCUUUUACCGUUUUGGAGAGUGCCACAUUUUCAAAUAGAGCAUUAUCCUUAGCGUUAAGUUUAUCCACAUAAAAAUUUAGAACAUUUUAGCCAGGCAUUUCAUGUCCCUCCUUGGGUAUUUAGAGAGUAGUGUAACAAUUAUAUAGUCAUCCCAUGCAAUGAUAUUUUACUUUGCAGCUUAUGCAUUGGGCUGAAUGACUUCUUUGAUGGUCAACAAUAAAAGAAAUACAUUGUUAAAUAAAGUUUUUUGUUACGAAUUAAUGACAAAUGUCUUACAAAGUUCUUUGGAUUUUGUUUUACUUUAUCUGUCACUACACUUUAUGCCCAUUUGUUGGAAAAUGAUGAACUUUAAAUGUUAUUAGAAGCACUUUGUUAUUGUUUUGGUUUUUCAGUUUACGCCUUGAUAAUGAGUGCAGGGGAGAUUUUAAAUUGAACAAUUUCGAAGAUGGCGUUCUAUCAUCUGCAUUUAUGGUGGGACUUUUAGUCGCUUCCCCCAUUUUUGCAUCCUUAGCAAAGAGGUUAGUACCUUGCUGAAGCAGCAAAUAUCCAUUUUCUUGAGUUUAUCCGAAUAUGAUAAUCCAUGUUCCCUUGUAUCAUUAGAUUAUAAUGAUUCCAAUGAAUUCUUUUAUUUGUACCAUUAACCUUUUCAUUUCAACUUUGUUUCCUUAUGCAUUUGUGAUCAUAUUUUAAAAUAAUGGAAUCGAUUUUCCUUGAAUCAUUAUUGGGAAUAGUUGAAAGCGUGUGGAUGACUUUUUGGCUUCUUAAGUGGGAGAGUAUGUAGCAUAGAAGGCUUUGACAUUUGAUGAUCCUGUUUUGAGAAAGCAAGGUUUUAAUGUGGGCAAGAGUGCAGUUCCUCCAUAGGAUAUUGCUACUCUGGUUUUUUGGUACUAGAAUUCCAUUCCAUCCUUGCCGGUGGUUUAUUUUCUUUGUUGUUAUUUACCCAUCAAGAAUUCCACGCAUACACUAUCCUUAGUGAGUUCUCCAAUGUUCGAAAAUGAAAGAAAAAACUGAUGCAUGCUUAAUUGAAAUGAUACUAGUUCAACUACGAUUCGUCAAGGGUAUUGAUGCUAUCUGAUGCGAUCCUCCUAGGGAGGAUCGAAUCUGAGUGAAAACGAAGAGGAGAAACACUUGUAUUGAUUUCACAAAAACUUGUCAAUGACGAUGGAUAGAAUGUCGAACUGAAAGAUCUAUCAAGAUACAAGAAAGAAGAGGAAAAGAAGAGUAAUGGAUGGGGAAUGAGUACGAGAGGUUUCCCCUGCCUCUCCAGGUUCUGAUUCGUCUCCCCAUGACCCAACCCCUUGUGCUGUAUUUAUACCCCUCACACGUGCAUUGCACGUGAUUCUUUUUUACCCCUGCUAUAGGUCAGUGGUGGAGUCGUAUCACUAUCCUUUAGAACAAAUCUGUUGUUCUUUGAUGUUUUAGCAAUUACCUGGUUUGAGGAGUGUUAUGAUAACGGAAGGAACUUUCUUGUCUACUGAGACUGAGGGGAGGAGCAGCAGAAAGACUACCUCAAUUUUUCAUGGAUGUUUAUCUCCCAUCAUAUAGGGAGAGAAUCCUACGUCUCAUUUCCUAAUAUGGCCUCAGGCUGCAUUGUAAUAAACAUUCCAUCUAAUUCUUACAGACACAAGAUACCAAAAAGCCCUCAACCUUCUUAACUCUCACAUGGAGAAAUUGUAUGGACUAUAUUACCAUUUUCAAGGAUAUCACUCUAAAUCACAUAACAUGAAAAUAAUUUGUAACAAUGUGCUGUACUUGAUAAGAGGUUUACUGUACACUUUCCUGGAAAUAUGACAUGUUUCAGCAGUCUUCUUGGAAGUCGGAAAACUUCUUGUGCAUACCUUACAGCAGCUGCAGGGGUGAUAUCUAGAGAAGGGGACACCGGAUUAGGAUGAUUUGGCUGUAGAGUCAUACAGCAGCAUACAAGUCAAACAAAAAUAAUGUAUUCAAAAUUUGCUCAUCUUAAUCUGCUGUUCGAAAAAAAAUUCAAGAGCCAUUAAAAUAAACGAAUACAUUAUAUGGUUUUUUUGUUGAAAUAAACGACUGCAUGCGUUUUUUUAAGUGUUUGGAUCCAUUGUUGAUACAUGAACCAUAGCAAAUACCGUCCAGUUGAGCAUUACCAGGGAAAACAGAAAGCUACUUGACCCUAUCUUUACUUUGAGCUGUAAUUGAUGUUUGGUAACUUAACUUCACCAUUUCAUUUGCAGUCAUAAUCCAUUUAGGCUAAUUGGAGUCGGACUGUCAGUGUGGACACUGGCUACAGCUGGUUGUGGUUUUUCAUUUGAUUUUUGGUCCAUUACCAUUUGCCGUAUGUAAGUUCACCUUUUAUGCUGGGUUUUCACGUUUUUAAAUGUACAGGUAUUCAUCCACUUGCAGUCUCAAGUUUACCCUAACGAUUACUUGUGCUUAGGUUUGUUGGUGUUGGUGAAGCAUCAUUUAUAAGUCUAGCAGCUCCAUUUAUUGAUGAUAAUGCACCUGCUGCUCAGGUUUUUUUCUGCUUUUUUCCUUUGGUUUUUAUUCAUUUUUAUGUUUUUAUCACAAUUAAUCUGCCAUAAUGAAGCCUUUUUUUGUGUUUUUAAAUCCUGUUUGUAGUGUAAGAAAUUUGUAUUUCCUUCAACUCUUAUGCUUCUUUCUUAAGUAAAAAUUUCAAUAUAAACCAGGGUCAAAAAACAAAAUUCUAUAUAAUAUCCAUCAGGAAGUGCUCAGAGCAGCCAAGCAGCCAUUUGAUAUUGCUACUCCAUUAUCUUGGGUUCACAUUUAUGGAACUAAAAUGCCGUGAACAGAAUUUUGAAGAAUCUUUUUGCUAUAAUUACCAAAUAAAGUGAUGACUCUGGUGGGGUUUUGGCCUUUUGUAUUUAAAUAUAGGAGACGUGACAAAGUAUACUAUGAGUUUUUACUAGCAUGUCAAUCUUAUGAGCUAAACCUAGAUCGAAUUUUGGAAAUAGCCUGCAGACCAGGUCAGUUGGUAUCUGGUUUACGUAGAUCUGUUCUCAAGAAGGAAACAAUUUUUUUUUGAUGUUUAAUAUAUAAUUUAUCUGUGUUUAUAAAGCAUUGAGAGAACGUGGAAAUCGGAUCUGUUUCAGUUGGGCUAUUCCUUUUCACUUUGAACCUACCAUAAAAUAAGGCCUGCAGUUCUAACUAUUGAGGAAUCUGACAAGGGUUCUGGAGUCUUAUUGGCAAAUGAGCCCUUAUUUCAGCGUUGAAGAUAGAUCUGGGGAGUGAAAGCCCACUGGUUGAUAUCUUUACAGUAGAUAAUACUGCCAGCAAAAUACUUCUCUCUUGCCUCUCAUCUCUCCUGGGUUGUGGUAUGAGUCUGGGCAGUAGGGGAGGGUGUGUGGAACAAAUGACAAAAAAAUGACAAUUGGGGUUACGUCAGUCUGAAAGUAGCUGGAAAAAUAAAAUGUGCUUGGAAAGGUACGAGCACGGAUGUGCCAUAGAGUCAAGCUGGAAAAAUACUUUUUUUGAAUUGUCUUUUUCCGUCGGACACCAUAUGGUCAAGAUGUUUCUGUGAAGAAUAAUGGGAAAAAAUGUCGCGCCAUGAUCCUUUAUUUUCGAACUGCAAUUUCUUUAUCUCCAGUACUGUGCCUGAAAUUUCCAAAUGGGUAACUGCUAAUAUCAAUCUCGAGUAUUCUCCAUUAGAACAAGGCCUCACAGGAACAGCCUACUAUUGUGCCAUGUUUACCAACUUUAGGAUGACUAUCAUGUAGCGAGUCCUCAAUGAAUGAUGGAUACUAAAUAUGUUUUGAGUUGACAGGAUAUGAAUUUUCUAUUAAAUCAACUAAAUCAGGAUUUUUCUGAUUGGGACCAAAAAAGAACCUGUCUUUCCAGUAAUCCUCGUCAGUUCACUAAAAAUAAGGAGUUUACAUUUUGUUUCAUGUAGGGCCGAUUACUUGUCAGUUGUCCAAGACGCUAUUAAGAAAAGUUACCAUAUUUUGUCUUAAGUUCAAGCUAACAUGAGUGACUGCUAUUCUUUUUAUAAUAUGAUAUUCUUUCUUUUCAUAUUAACAGAAAACGGCAUGGCUUGCUAUGUUUUACAUGUGCAUACCUACUGGCAUUGCACUUGGUUAUGUUUAUGGAGGACUGGUAAGGUCUAUUCCCACCAUAUUUUUGUUUCGAUUUUUCCCAAAUUAUCAACUUUACAAAAGUUUAUGCAUAUAGAAAUUUGUGUACCAUUAGAGUAGAUCUUUGUUCUUGAUUAUUUAUCUCUGAUUUCUCAUUCCUUUAUUUUUUCUAUUUUCCCGGAGUUUCUCUGGUACCAUAUGUGGAAAUAAAUUCUGCUUCAUGGACGAUAUUUCUACAAGAAAAUUCUUAUGUUGAAAUGCUCCUUCUUUCCUGUGAGGAUUCAUGUACAUCAAACAAAGAUACAUUUGUACGCAUAAAGAUGAUAGGUUUUUUUCUAAGAAAGUAUGGUUUUUCUCAUUAUGUUUUAAAAAUAGUUUGCUCUAGAGAGUUAUGGACUUUAGUCGUUGCUUUCUCAAUUUCAGUGCUUUUUAACAUCCAUGUGAUUUCUUCUUAUUAUCAUGCCUCUAAAGCAGUUUUUUUUCAUUGACAAGGUAGAUUUGCCUUCUGUAAGCAUUCUUAGGUCAUGGAAGACUUGCUUUUCUGUCUGUCAGUGCUUAAAGUUCUCUGUUAAUGUCACCGUAUAUAUAUAAGUUCUCUACGUUGCAGCCUUUUUCUAGAGCUCAGCUCAGUUUGUCCCCUUUUUAGUAAUCUUGUUAGUUCUAUUGAAAUGCGCUCGCUCCCUUUGUUUAAAUCCAGGUUGGGAAUCACUUCAAUUGGCGUUAUGCAUUCUGGGGAGAAUCAAUUUCGAUGCUCCCAUUUGCUAUUUUAGGGUUUGUUAUAAAGCCAUUGCAGCUGAAAGGUAUAUUCUCUUUUUAGAUAAUUUUCUUUGCUUUUCUACUUUCUCGCUUGAAGUGACUCAUCCAUAUUUUUUACUGCUUAAUGUAGGGUUCGGUGUUUCUGAAAAAAAGGAGACCUCUGUCACUGGACUGGUUCCAGCGAUCCAAGAUACUCCUGGUGGGUUUUUAUAAUAUCAACUCUAAAUAAAAAAAUUUCUCACUGAAAAUGUUCUGCCUCAGAGGGAAUCUUCUGCCAAAUAUUAACCCAAUAUUCCAGAGGUUUGUCUAAUGAGGGAGGAAACAGUUUAAGCGGAUAAUAGAAAUGAUAACUUUUGUUGACGUAACAUUAAUGUCAAUUUUUUUUUACAAGGCUUUGAAUAUUUCUUUGUAAGAGACAUCCUCUUGGGCAAAGAUACAUAUUUACAGCAUAUGGAAGGGAAAUUAGUGCCUUUAUAGUGUCAUCUGUGUAAUUAAUUAAGGAAAUGGUGUCGAUUCAUUUGUGUUCCAACUUUAUGCCACGUGUAUAGAAUUUAGAAAUAUGACUAAUCUUUACCCAUUUCAGCAUACUAGAACUCUAGAAUUCUAUCGUUAUAUCUUCAAUUUUUCUCCGGUGGUUUUUGCUCACGUUAACAAAUUAAACUUUGCUUUCAGGUGAACAGGCCCUGGAAAAUGGCACAUCAGUGAGAAUCGUGCAUUUGAAUGAUAUAGCCUCUAAGAAGACAUCAUUGUAUGUACAUCAUAUAUCUAACUGACAGUGUCGCUUAAUAUUUUUAAAUGAAUGUGGUUCACAGUAUCGGAGAUUAGUGCAAUAUCAUGCUAUACUUGUGUUAUUGAUCUGUAAAUAUAUGAUCAGAGCAAAGUUUUGGUAUCUCCGAAUGUUUAGCAAUUCUUUUGGAAACGUCCUUCUUGAAAACCUUAUCAGAAAUACUUUAUUCAAUAUUUGGCUACAUUUUCAGAAUUCUUCUCUUGUAAUAUUGCCCUUGAAAUCGCAUUUGGACUCGUAUUAUUCAUUUAUACAAUUUUUUACCAACUGCAUGAUUUGGAUAGAAAGGUAUACUACAUUUCUGCACUCACCAAAAACUACUGGGAAGGAGUAGUUAUAUAGACCUUAUUUGAUCAUAUAUGCGAUCAUGAAAAUAGCAUUGCAUUAGUCAAACUGGGAUCUUGUUCUCUUUGAUUUUCGGAGGAUAAAACUAAUACCAUACUAUUUGUUGUUUUUUUUUCUCUGAUGGUUAGAUUUAAGGCUGCUCAAAAGAUUUCAACACAACUUGCGAGUUUUUGGAAAGACCUCAGGGAUCUCUUGGUUAAUAAGGUCUACGUCACAAAUGUUGUUGGUAAGUUUUUGACCAUCUUUUAUCUACGACUAGUUCCGUGACGUUUUUUUCCCCCUUGUUUUCUGAAGUUGAAUUGCACCAUCAUCUAACCAAAAAAGAAUUAGUGUUCAGUUUACAGAAGGUGAAUACCAAUCAAUGGCAUAUCUCACAACUCCUGUUACCUUCAAAGAGAACCAAUGAUAUAAGCAUUUGGAAAUAACUGCUUCAGUAAACAUGCAUUUACCUCUACUUGUUUAGAACUGUCCAUAGCUGCUGCCCAUUUUAUGAGAACAUUCCUGGAUGUGGUGAAUUUUCACUGGCUUAAUCGUACAGAGUUGAUUUUAUAAUUUCGUAUAAUUUCCAAUCUGUCUUUUUUUUUGUCGUCAUUGAGUUGUUGUGCUUCUGUGUACUGACACUUCUGCAACGUGGCUUUUCUCAGGUUAUAUAGCAUAUAAUUUUGUUGUAGGUGCUUACUCCUACUGGGGCCCAAAGGCUGGCUAUUCCAUUUACCAUAUGGUAUACCAUAGCUUUUGACGCUUUUGUUCAAUGUUUAAUUUUUCAUUAUACCCCAUGACAUUUUAUUCAAUAUGAAAAUGCAAUUGGUGGCCUGGACUACGCUUAUCUACCUAGCAUUGGAUCUUAUUUCUCUAGUGUGAUCUGAAUAUGCUUUAAAUUUAACUUUAUAUUUUUUAUUUUCCAAAAAACCUCCGAUUAUAUUUACUGGGUUGUUUUCUAUCCCUCAUUCACUUUUCAUUUCUGAUACGAGUUCACAUUUUUCCUUUUCUGCUCUAUUUGGAGGGUGAUGUGGGUAUGGUAUGUGAGGCUCAAGGAAACUUGACCUUUACAGGGUCUAGGUCCUUGAUAUCGGAAUUGUGUCAAAGCAAGAUCAUGUUGUGGGAAAUGAAGCUUACAAGCCUUAUGAGAGACCUGAUCUACGUAGUUUCUGUGUAUUAUUGUACUGAUGGAAUCAUGUUUACUUCAAUCUCCGGGAAUCUGGAAUAACUAGGGGAAGAUGAAAUACUCAACCCCACCUGUCGAACAAAUUCCAGCUGUCUGCUAGUUGCAAUUUAUCCAUUCCGAUUUUCUUUCACUUACCCCUCUAAUUUUCCCCGUCCAGAUCUGCCUUUGAUGUCUAUUGAAUGAAAUGUGCCUUUUAAAGCUAUUUCUGCUUUUUGUGGAAAAAUGUACACAAAAGUGAGUCCUUGAUAAAGCUCAUAGCAACCAUUUUUUUAAAAUUCUGACAAAAUUAUGAAACUAACAUCUUUAAAAGAAAUGAUUUAAGUGAUAUUUCUUGUCCUCUAUCAUUUGGAGAUAUAGUUUUUUGUGGUUGCAUGUUGUCUUCCCUUAUGUUGGCUCGCUCCCUCAUAUUACUUAGAUGACUCUUGUUUCGUUACCUUCUACAGGAAAAUGCAGAUUUGAUGUUUGGAGGGAUAACAAUAAUCUGUGGCAUCCUUGGAACAUUGGCUGGUGGUUUCAUCCUUGAUCUCAUUCAGUCUACGAUAUCCAAUGCUUUUAAGGUAGACAUGAUUUUACAUAAAUUAGUAUCACCCUUUUAUGAUUCUUGAUCACACAUAACAUCAAUUCACAAAAUUAAUUGCUUGUAAGUGCUUGCAUGGACUCUUUAUGUCAAAUUGCAGCUUCUCUCUGGAGCAACUUUUCUUGGGGCUGCAUUCUGUUUCGGGGCUUUUUGCUCAAAGAAUCUGUAUGGUUUCAUAGCACUCUUUUCCAUUGGAGAGUUGCUUAUUUUUGCGACACAGGUAUGGGCCAUUGCUCGUCAUUGAUCCAUAGUAUGAUCAUCUUGAAUGCAAACUCACUGUUUUAUGAUAGUUCUAAAUUUUUGUGUCCAGUCAUUGUCCAUGUUCUUGUUUUGACUAUCCAUUAGAUCCUUAAUUAUUGGAGCUACCUGUAGAAGGUGGAAAUCUCAAUACCAACCUGACGGCAGUCUAGGGUUUAUAUCCUAACACUAGAGGCAGCGUAAUGGGCCAUGUCAUGUUCAGCCUAUUGCCACUAAUUGACAGUCUAGUAGAUGGGUCGUGACAUAGGAAAGCCCAAUAAGGAUGACCCAUUACAUUUAACACCCUCCCUCAAGCUGGAGCAUAGAUAUCAUAUGCACCAAGCUUAGUACAAAUGGCCUCACCCGAGGAGCAUAUAGAGAUUUUGUGAAAAGAUUUGCAAGCUGGUCUUCAGAUGACAUGUUGACAGUAAUGAUGAGUUGAGCUUAAAGCUUCCCUUGAAUGAAAUGACAAUCAAUGUCAAUGCGUUUUGUGCUCUGGUGGAAGAUAUGAUUAGAUGCAAUGUGGAUAACAACUUGAUUAUCACAUCAAUCUUUCAAAAGUCCAGGAGGAAGAAGCUUGGGUUCCUCUAAGAAAUCCAAAUGAACUCACAUAUAGUAUGUGCCAUAGCCUUAGACUCCCUACUGCAUCAUGAGACCAUUAGUUGUUUCUAUUCUUCCAAGAAAUAAAAUUAUUGUCAAGUAAAAUACAAUAAUAGUCGUAGAUCUCCUGUUUGUAGUUUCCAACCUCACUUGCAUUAGAAAGCCCUAGAUGUUAAGAUGGCCACGGUUCUUGUACAAUAAUCCUUGGAUUGGGUUUUUUUCAAGUAUCACAUAAUCUAUGUAACGGCUGCGAGGUGCCCACUAUGAGGUUAAUCUAUGAACUGACUUGCAACUUUUGUAACAAAAUGAGAUAUUUGGCUAAGUGAUAAUCAAGUAGUGGAGUUUUCCAACAAGGUGUUGAUAUCUCCUUGGAUUGUCUAAUAAUUCUCCUUCUACAUGAGACAACUUUAAGUGGAGAUUCAUAAGAGUGGUAGUUGAUUUUGCUCCAGUCAUACUUGUUUCUGUAAGUAGAUCACAAUGGUAAAUUUCCAUUGAUUAAUCACAAUGGCUUUCUUAGAAUGGGCAACCUCCAUACCAAGAAAGAACAUGAGAUUGCUUAUAGAUCCUUUAUGACAAAUUGACCCUACAAAAAGGUAUUGAGUUGACAUGUAUGAACAAAAACACUCCUAAUAAUAACUAUGUCAUCAACACAUACAACUAAUAAGAUACACUUAACUAAAGAGUGUUGAUAAAAGACAAGGUGGUCAACACCACAUCUCUGAAGACCAAAUUCACUGAGUGUUGUUAAUCUAACUAAACCAUGCUUGAGAAGAUUGCUUCAAAUUGUAAAGGGGCUUCUACAAUCAGCAUAUCAUUUUAGAGCCUUUGUGUGCAUUGAAUCCUGGAGGUUGUGUCAUAUAUUUUUCUUCUUGAAGAGUGUUAUGAAGAAAUACAUUCUUUAUAUCAAGCUAAUAAAGGGGCAAAUAGAAGUAAUCUUGGCAACAUGUGAAAAAGUUACAGAAUAAGCUUCAAGUGAUCAACUAUACAAUCAGGUCCAACUUUAAUUAUAAAGACCCAUUUGUAGCCAACAACUGACUUUUCUAGAGGAUGUGGGACAAGCUCCUAAGUCUUGUUCUUUUCAAGCACACCCAUCUCCUCUAUCAUGACUACACAUCAUCUGAUAUGACUUAGUGCUUCUAAAAUAGUCUUGGGAGUAGGAUAAAGUAGAUGUAAAAGUUGAAUGUGUAGGAGAUAAGUGAUGAUAAGAUACAAUUAGAAAUUGGUUAUAUAAAAUGUUUCCCAUUUCAUAAGGUAAUAGGGAGGUCAAGAUCACCUGUCACGGAUGUGUUUGCUUUUGGUUCCUUAGACAUAGGAAGGAUUGGUUGUGAAGUAAAUGCUUCAAGAGGUGUUGAGGGAGCUUUUUACCAUGUGUACACAUGUGCUCUAGGAACCCAUUAGAACUAUCUAGAAAGACUAACUUAAUAAUGACUAUCAAAGGUAAUGACUCAUCUAGGACAUUAGUAGGUUGUGACAUAUUGAAGAAAAGAGUGCUCUCAAAGAAGGUAACAUCAAUAGAGAUAAAGUGUCUACAAAUUGAAGGUCAAUAAUAUGUAUCCUUUUUUAGUACAGAAGUAUCUCAAGAAAACACAUUUCACAAACUUGGGACCAAGUUUAUAUUGACAUGUAUCUAAAUGAUGGACAAAACAAGUACACCCAUAUAAUGAGCUAAUAAGAUGAAGAACUGAAUAAGAGGUCUUUUGAUUCAAAAUUGAUGAUGCCAUAUAAUUAAUUAAGUAGCUGGCUGUAAGAAACAUGUCACUCUAGAACUCAAGUGGAACAUUCAUAUGUAAAAGUAAUAUAUGAGUUGUCUCAAUGAUCUUUCCUCUUAAUUAUCCCGUUUUGCUGAGGAGUAUGAAGACAUGAUGAUUGAUGAAUGAUGCCCUAGGUGCUCAAAUAUUGUGUAAGAUGAACCAAAAUACUCUUGUGUAUUAUCAGAACGACGUAUUCAAAUAUUCUUGCCAAAUUGAUUCUUAAUUUCAACACAAAAUGAGCAAAAGAUGGUGAAAAACUCUUAUUGAUCUUUCAUGAGAUAGAACCAAGUGGAAUGAGAAUGAUCAAUAAGAGUAAUGAAGUAUUUAAAACCAAGUUUAGAAUUGACUAAAACCCCAUACAACAUAUUGAAGUAAACGAAAAAUAAUAUGCUAAGUAUUACUUGAGUCAAGAACCCAGUGGAGUGAUUCACUUGACGAGUAUGUAGAUGUGCGAGAAAGGCAUGUUGUAUAUGUCCUAGGUGUGUUAGAGGCAGUAAGCAACUUGAAAUUGGAGCAUGUGAGCCUACUCAUCAGAAAGUGGCAUGUGACAUAUGACUUGAUUCUCCUUGUUCUCCACCUCAAAUAACAUUGGCAAUCUUGUGAGGACAGUCAUGAAGUCCAUAACAUGUGUCCAUCAUGUGCUCCUUUUUUCUGCAUUAUGUGCACUCAUAUUUUUGGCGAUCUUCAUAUAUUCUACCUCCACUUCCCCCCCCCCUCUCCCAGAGCAACCACUAUGAGUACGCCCAUGAGAGGGUUAUUGAGUAGACACUAAUACUGUAAGCUGAUCUUAUUGUUUCUACAUUACUUGGAGAUUAAUAGAUAAUGGAAGUAAAGAGUGAAGAUCUUGAGUAAGAUGAACAAUCUCACAGAAGUACUAACUUAGGUCUAUUGCAUCUUAUUUCUGCUCAUAAUAUUCAAUAGUCGUAUCAAGGAGUUGAGAGAUGUUGUUAGAGUACGUCAGUACAAGAUGAUCCCACAUUGCCUUGCAUGUGUCCAAAUUAUUCACCAAUUGUGUAAUAUGAGUCUCCAUAGAAUUUCAUAAUGGAUUUAGGACUGCAUCUUGUUGUUCCUACUGUACAUGUAGAUUAAUAUCAGAUGGCACAUCUUUCUAUAGAUGGUUGAUCUUAUAUUGUUCCUUGAAAUAAAUUUUUAUUGAUCUCUACCAAUGAUAAUAACUCUUUCGAAUCAACUUGUGGUUUGUCACAAAGUGACUUUGUAUGAUAAUGGAAGAGUACUUAGAAGAGUGGGUUUUGGUCUUUCUAUCAUAUUGUAAAGUUUGAUUGUUGACCGUUGAAUAGUAAAAACCAUUGAUCGUUGACUAGCCAAAGUUGUUGAUCAUUGACUAGUAAAAAUCAUUGAUUGUUGACUAGCUAAAGCUAUUGUCCAUUGACCAGCAAAAGCCAAAGAUGCCCACAUAUGUCAAAUAUGUCAAACUACUGAAAGGGAUGGCAGCAGCAAUGGUAGCGGCAGCAAUGGCACUGGUGGCAGACAAAAAACACUAGAUAAAGCCGACACCGAACAGAGGCAGUGAUGGUGGUGGCAGAAGAUGUCAGGGAAGGAUGCCAAGGAGGCUAGUGGAGAACCAGUGGAGGAUCUUUGCUGAAUAGAUGCUCAGCGGAGGUGAAAGACUUGCCAAAAAGAUGUACGGCAGAGGUAAAAAACCUAGCUGGAAAGAUACUCGGCGUAGGUGAAAGAACUCACCAUAAAGAUGCACAAUAGAGGUAGAAAAUCUCACCAAAAAGAUACUUGGCGAGGCGGAAGAAUUCACUAGAAAGAAACUUAGUAGAGGCGGAAGACCUUGUCGAGAAGAAGUAUGAUGCUAAUAGCCCCAGCAGAUGACGGUGGAGUACGUUAGCAAUGGCAAUGUCAACCUGCAACGGCACCAAAGAAGGGUUUGUGUUGAGAAUUGAUCUUGAUUGAGAUUCUUGCAACUUGGAGAAUGAAAGUAGUUAAUCUUCACGAUCCUCCUCUUCCAGGAAGAUGAAUCAGUCACCACUUCUUGGAGCAGAGUUUCUGUAAUCCCAAAAUCUUUCAUCAAUUAUCUUGGUUUCCCGCUUAAGUACAGGUUACAUGGGUUAAUGGGCCAGGCCCAUUACAUUAGACUUUAAGUGGAUCUGUUAACAGUCUAAUGGAUCCACUUAACAUAAGGGAAUGACAGAGAAGGACGAAAAUACAGUGUAAAGAAACAACAGAUAGAAAGGAAAAACAAUCCUAGAGAGUUCAACAGUUUGAAACCCUAACAAAGCUCUUCUACCAUGUAGAAGGUGGAAAUCUCAAUGCCAAACUAAUGAUGGCAGUCUAGGGUUUAUAUCCUAACCCUAAAGGCAGCAGAAUGGGCCAUGACAUGUUUGGUCCAUUAGCCCUAGUUGGUGGUCCACUAGAUGGGCCAUAACAUAGGAAUGCCCAAUAGGAAUACCCAUUGCAUUUAACACUACCAAAGACAUAUUUGAUACUUCUGAGCAACAUGUUGCUUUGAUAUCAUCUGACCAUAAAAAAAAAGGGUUAACAAUAAGCAAUUUUUAGGGUAAUGCACAUCUAAAUGUGUUAGAUAAAAGAGCAAUGAAAGCCAUGGGUGAUUUCAAUCAGAAAUUUGUAACCCGGUCGGUGGUUGAUACUGAAUGGGAGAUGCAUAAAAGUUACUUUAUAUUCAUCUAAGCUACUGCAAGAGCACCAAUUGUUUGUAGACCUCUCUCUCUCUCUCUCUCUCUCCAAGGGUUUUGACAUUAUUUACUCUUUAUCAGGGUCCUGUGAAUUAUGUAUGUCUUCACUGUGUCAAGCCCAGCAUGAGACCGCUAUCUAUGGCUAUGUCUACUGUUUCCAUCCACAUAUUUGGUGAUGUGCCAUCUUCACCUCUAGUUGGAGUUCUACAGGUUUGUUUUAUAUUCCAGCUGUAUUUUCCUCUCGAUUUGAUGUUUUUAUUCCUUACAUGAACAAGAUACACUAUUGGUCAUUAAGUAUUCAACCUCCAUCACCUAGUUCGUGAUUAAUCAUGGAAUUCCCAGUGAAAAGUAAUCCAACAAGUUCUUACGCCAUGGAGGGUACUAUGAACGGUAUGAACAGCUCCUGUUGAAGCUGUUCAUGCUGUUCAUAGUUCUUAUCCCUCUAAAAUUAAUAUAGAACGCACUUUGAUUCAUGAGUAUUUUGACCACGUAAUGCUUGAUGUUUUUAUCCCUUACAGGAAUGAAAACACACUUUUAGUCGUUCAAUAUUCAAUCACCAUCAUCUAAUUCGUGACUAAUGACAGAAUUGCCAAUGAGAAGCAAUCAAUCGAAUACUUAAAUUUUUCUGCCCAUCAAGCCCAGAUAACCCAUAUGCCUGUUGGAGCUGUUCUUAUUGUUAACAUUAUGAAAUUGUUGUAGAUUAUGCCCAGAUGGAUGGGUGUUUGCCCACUUAGAUGUCAUCCUUCUCGCUGUUUCUCUUCUUUUGCAGGACCACGUUCACAACUGGAGGGAGACUUCCUUAAUAUUGACCUCUAUUCUGUUCAUAGCAUCUGGGAUAUGGUUUGUAGGUACAUCUCUUUGACUUCUCUCCCCACUGCCGCUUCCUAGUUAUUAGCUUACAACCCCAUUCCUGAAAUCUAAUAAAUAAAAUAAACAUUUCUGAAUGAGUUUGGAGAUCCGACUCAGUUCUUCUAGCCUCGGGUCUUAAGAAAACUUAAGAACACGCUACAAGAUGUUCUUGCUGACUGAGUCUAGCCAUCGCUGAGCUCCUCGGUGGUCUGGCUUGGAGCCCAUUUCCGGGCCUAUUUUUGGGUCUGGCCAGUGAAAAAGAAUGCUCAGAUCGGCCUGCAAGUCUCAUGAUUUUAUAUCAAAUUUUGUUAAAUUCAUAUUCCCCCCCCCCCUCUCCAUGUGAAAUUUGGUUGACCACUCCAAUGAAUCUCAUUAUUUUAUGAUUCUUCAUAGUUUAUCGAAACAGCAGUCAUUCAAUGAACCAGGACGGCAUUCAGUAUCAUCACACACAAGAGAGCAUAUACUUAUUUUUUAGCGAAACAUAUAUUUAUUUGGCAGGCAUAUUUCUCCGUAGCAUCGAUAGAUUCGACGAAGAGGCUGAAGAGGGUUCUCCCCCUGUUGAGAGGUCAAACCCACAGCCGGUGCUUGGCACAGACCCCGUGCAGCCUUCUGAGAGCACCUAA